CCAGCGAGGGAGAGAUGAAGGGAUUCAGCCGAGGCUUGGGAAACUUGGCUGCGCCCAGGGAGGACCCGCCACGCACUCGCUGAGCCCGUGGCGCUGCACUCCAGGCGGGUGCCCGCUGCUGAUGGCAGGGGAGGGGAUCCCUUGAGGCGCGGCAGGGCUCGCUGCAUGGUGCCCCGGGGAGCGGGGCGUGCUCUGCACCCGGCCCGGCCCGGCUAGCCUGCUCGCUGGGGCAGUAAUGCGCGCCCGGCAGCCCGGGCUCGCUGCCUCCCGCCGGCCAAGCAGCUGCGGCUCCAGCUGUGGCCGCUGCUAGCUCGGCGGGCUCCUCUGCCGGCCCCAGCUGUAGCACAACCCCCCCUCCAGCUGCAGGCACUAUGCCCCGGAGACGGGGGCUCUCUUCCCCCAGCGCCGCCUGCCUCUUCAUCCUCUCCUCCCUGCUCCACCACCUCAGGGGUCUCAAUAUUUGCACAAGUGGAAGUGCUACUUCCUGUGAAGAGUGCCUGCUCAUUCAUCCAAAAUGCGCUUGGUGCUCCAAAGAGGAAUUUGGCAGCACAAAAUUCAUCACAUCGAGGUGUGACUUCGUAGAAAACCUGAUUACGAAUGGCUGUGCAGGGGAACUUGAGACUCCCAAAAGCAGUAUAAACAUAGUGGAGAAUCUUCCUCUAAGUAGCAAGGGCUCCAGCUUGACCCUUUCAGAUGUUACACAAAUAAUGCCUCAGAAGAUCUCGUUGAAUCUGCGGCCUGGUGACAAGACAUCCUUCCGAGUGCAGGUUCGUCAGGUAGAAGACUAUCCUGUGGAUUUGUAUUACUUGAUGGAUCUCUCGCUAUCCAUGAAGGAUGACCUGGAUAACAUUCGGAAUCUGGGAACCAAGCUGGCUGAGGAGAUGAGGAAGCUCACCAGCAAUUUCCGGUUGGGGUUUGGGUCAUUUGUGGACAAAAAUAUUUCUCCUUUCUCCUACACAGCUCCGCGAUAUCAAAACAAUCCUUGCAUUGGUUACAAGUUGUUUCCACACUGUGUCCCAUCCUUUGGAUUCCGCCAUCUCUUGUCCCUCACGGAUAAAGUGGACCGUUUCAAUGAAGAAGUUCAGAAACAGAAGGUUUCCCGGAACAGAGAUGCUCCAGAAGGUGGCUUUGAUGCAAUCCUGCAGGCUGCUGUGUGCAAGGAAAAGAUUGGCUGGCGGAAAGAGGCCUCUCAUUUGCUGGUCUUCACGACGGAUGAUGUGCCACACAUAGCACUGGAUGGGAAGUUAGGUGGACUGGUCCAGCCACAUGAUGGCCAGUGUCACCUGAAUGAGGCGAACGAAUACAGUGCGUCCAACCAGCUGGAUUAUCCUUCCCUGGCACUGCUUGGGGAGAAACUGGCUGAAAACAACAUUCACCUCAUUUUUGCUGUGACAAAAGCUCAUUAUAUCCUUUACAAGAAUUUUACAGCGCUAAUUCCCGGAACGACAGUGGAGAUUUUACAUCAAGACUCCAACAACAUUAUCCAGCUGAUAGUCAAGGCAUACAAUAGUAUUCGGUCUAAAGUAGAACUAACCGUUUGGGACAAUCCUGAGGAUGUCAGCUUGACCUUCACAGCUACAUGCCAAGAUGGUUUGUUGUAUCCUGGACUCAGGAAGUGUGAAGAGCUCCAAAUCGGAGACACGGUUUCCUUUGAGGUGUCUGUCGAAGCUCGGAGCUGCCCUGCUGAGAACACCUCACACAGUUUCACCAUAAAGCCAGCGGGGUUCCGGGACACUCUGGAGGUGGAGGUUGCUUACAGCUGCACUUGUGGAUGUAUGAAGCAGAUGGAAUGGAACAGCAGCAAGUGCAGUGGGAAUGGGACUUACACAUGUGGAUUAUGUGAAUGUGACUCAGGCUAUUUGGGAUCCAAGUGUGAAUGUGAAGAGGGAGAGAGCGGGAACAUGUAUCAAAACAUGUGCCGGGAGGCUGAAGGCAAACCUGUCUGCAGUGGUAGGGGGGAAUGCAGCUGUAACCAGUGCAUCUGCUACAAGAGUGAAUUUGGAAGGAUCUAUGGGUUGUUCUGUGAGUGCAAUGACUUCUCCUGUGCCAGAUACAAGGGUGUCCUCUGUUCAGGCCAUGGAGACUGUCACUGUGGGGAGUGCAAGUGCCAUGCUGGUUUCAUCGGAGACAACUGCAACUGCUCAACAGAGACUAACCGUUGCAUUUCGAAUGACAGUCAGAUGUGCAGUGGCAGAGGCAACUGUGUCUGUGGGAAAUGCCAAUGCACCGAGCCUGGAGCCUUUGGAGAGACGUGCGAGAAAUGUCCUACCUGCCCAGGUGCCUGCAGCACUAAAAGGGACUGCAUUGAGUGCAUGUUACAUAACUCAGGAGGGCUGGCUGAUAACCAAACCUGCCCAAAACACUGCAAGGAUGAGAUCAUUACACGUGUGGAUGUCCUCAAAACAGAUGACCAGCACUCGGUCCUGUGUGUCUAUCCCGUGAAUGACUGUGUGAUGAAGUUCACCUACUCGGAACUUCCCAGUGGAAAGUCCAAUCUCACUGUCCUCAAAAAGCCAGAGUGUGGCUCUGCACCCAACGCCCUGACCAUCUUGCUGGCCGUGGUGGGCAUCAUCUUACUGAUAGGAAUUGUACUUCUGGUUGUCUGGAAGCUGCUUGUCACCAUUCACGACAGACGGGAGUUUGCCAGAUUCCAAAGCGAACGCUCCCGGGCGAGAUAUGAAAUGGCAUCCAAUCCUCUUUACCGAAAGCCUAUUUCUACGCAUAGCUUAGAUUUCACAUUCAACAAGCUAAGUAAGUCCUAUAAUGGCACAAUUGAUUGACUGCAUAUGAGACAUCUGACGCAACCAGAACUGGAGUGCUGUGGACAAUUGCUUGACUUCAUUGCUGCUUCCUGAAUUGAAGCUGGAAUCCUUUUCAGUGGAGAAUACCUUUAAAACAAGACCGAUCAUUGACAGAAGGCUGUUAUUUGCACAGUAAAGACAAGUGGCUCAGCAGGGCAUGUGCUGCAUGAUUCCUGGACACAAAGACAUGCUAUUGGGCUCAUUGCUGGUGCUUAUUGACUCUGAGAGGUGCGGAACUCUUCAUACCCCAGCUUCUUGGAUACCUUAAACCCUCUAGCUCAGCGAAACAAGUGCCAUAUUGCAGCUUCAGACAUAUACCGGUAGAAGAGGUGACUAGGCCAAAUUCAGGGAGACCGUGCCAUUGCAAAUCUUUAGGGGCAAAUUAGCUUAAACGAGGUGUUGGAGGCAGUUGUGUAAAAAACUAGGAUCCAGGUGUUGUGCAGGCUUUAGAAUCUUUUUUUAUAUUAAAAAAAUAAAACUG